AAAACAAUGUACUACCUUAGCAGCACAAUGUAAAGGAGCGUAAAUAUUGCAAUCUGCAGACAGUACCGUUUCGAAUAUAUCAGGAAUAUAUAUAGGCCUAUAUACUACUCCUAUAAGCAACAGCUAAAAAGUAAAUGAGGAACAAACUCAGCAGAAACAUGUUUAUCACGCGCCUUGGGGAUGGAAUCAGGUGAUAUUUCAGACGUAAGACUCCAAGCAUCUACCACCUUUAAUAACGACCAAUUAGGUCAUGGACCACAACGGGCAAGGCUUAAUUCGGUCGGUAACCAAGAUGGUGAUAUUACCGGUGGAUGGGCAGCAAACGUGGAAGACGAUAGUCAAUGGAUUAUGGCUGAUUUGGGGGAGGUAAAGACUGUCACUGGAAUUGUCACACAGGGACGAUAUGAUGCCGAAGGCUUGAUACGUCAGUGGGUUACAGCAUAUAAAGUAUUCUAUGGACCUGUUGACUUGGCUCAGUUUAUAGCUGACAAUCUCGAUGAUCCAAAUGCAUUGAUACUUCCUGGUAACACAGACAACAAUAGUCCAGUUAUGAACACGUUCGACCCGAUUACAGCCAGAUUCAUAGCGAUUCAGCCGACGAAUUGGAGCGAGAGUAUAACAAUGCGAUUUGAAAUUCUUGGGUGUAUUGAUGAGGAAGAUAACGUUAUUAAUGACGAAGGUACGAUAGAAUCAACCGAUGAUUACAUUAAUCAAUUAAACGAAGUAAAACGAUGGGAACUUUUUGAGAUUGGCAAGAAAGAAGAGAAACGUUUUAAGGAGCCAGAAGUGGGAAUUAUGCUAUGGACGCAAAAUAUUAAUGAUGAAAUUGCCUCUAUCGAAGUCAGUGAUACAUCUUUACAGCUUUUUUCUUCUAGAGAAGGUGAAGGAAGUCUUGGCGUCGUCGUUGUUGUUGUCGAUUCGAGUAAAGUAAAAGCAGAGCAGAAUUUGUCUGGAAAUGCGGUGGAAUUAAUCAGUAACAUCAUUUCAGUAAAUGUAUAUGAUAUCAAUACCAACAAAAUAUCUGAUGUAGAAAUUAUUGUUACAGUACCUACGAGUGCUGGAGCUGGGAUACAGACGUGCUGCUUUUUGAAUGACAGUUCGGACACUAUCUAUUGGUCUACAAUUGGGUGCUCAACCGUCGCGGUUUCCAACCAAACCACUAACAAUCAGACUACCAGUGUCACGUGUAAGUGUAGUCAUUUGACGUCAUUUGCGAUCCUUAUGCGAGUUCAAGAUGUCAGCGAGGCGCAUGAGGAGGUGGCAAGCAUAUUGACAUAUAUUGGCCUUUCAAUUUCAACAAUUUUUCUCAUGUUAAUUCUGCUCACAACAUGUACCCUACCGGAAUUACGAAGGUGUGAACGCUUCAUUGCUUUAAGACAUCUUGUGAUUGCACUUCUGUGUGUGAACGCAUGUUUCACCUGUCUUACUCUUAAACCCAAACACCGUAUAUUGUGCAGCGCAGUAGCUGGAAGCCUACACUACAGCCUAAUGGUGGCCUUUAUGUGGAUGGCUCUAUGGUGCACAGAUCUGUAUUUCAAGAUCAGGCAUGCAUUCGCCGACCACCAGAAACGCUUCAAUUAUCUCCGUGUUAUGGGGUGGUUGUUACCUCUAAUCGUGGUCGCUACAACUGCCGGGGUAACAAGAGAACAAUACUCAUCGACAAAUUGUUGGUUGAAUACAAGUAUUGGUGUUAUAUGGACCUUCAUCAUACCUGUUUUAAUGACAAUUCUGGUAACUAAUUAA